AUGAGGCAACAUCUAAAAAUAAGUGCGUCCAAUAAUAUUUAUUUAAAUAGCCAACAAGCACGAUAUGCUAAUGAAGCCAAGUAUUUAGACAUGUAUCUGGCUGCUAAACUUAGGUGGAAGGUACAUGUUAAGAAGAAAAAACAGGAAUUAAACAUGUUACUGCAGAUUAUAAAACCAGUUUGUCUAUAUCGCCCAGAUCUGACGAUAUUGUUAUUUACACCACAGAUUGCUAUUAAUAGUUUGAAAAAUUUUGUCUUUUUAGAAAUUUGUCCAAGAGAAGGGUUAGAAUGUGAUAUUUCACAGAAAGCCAAAUUUUGUCAGCUACCAGAUGAAGUCCCACUCGACAAGGAUGGCGACAUAAUAGCAUUUAAAAUGAAUAACUUUAUGAGUUUGAAAAAGAUUCUCACAAUAGGUUUAAAUAAUAACAACAAGUUGUAUGUAAAUGGAUUGUAUGAUGACGAUAAAAAGGAAUUCAAAUUGUUUACAACAGAUGCUUAUAAGAAUUAUACGCUGACUGAAACACAAACUGAUUUUUCAUUACAAGCUUAUUUUAAGUGUGACGGGAAUGGAAUUGCAUUCGAGUCAAUAUAUACGUUCAAUGUAAAAAUUAGUCAAACAAAUCUUUUUCCGCCGCAAUUUUCACAAGAGGAAUAUGAAAAACAAAUUUCUUUACCAUUAAUCAAAGGUUUUGGUUGCAUUUUUUCGAAGGUUGUAAAAGCAACUGAUCAUGAUAUUAAAUAUAAUAAAAUCACGUUCUCGUCAGAUAAUGAAUAUUUGGAAGUAGGCACAGAAGUGGAAACGGCUGAUAAUGGUCAUACAUAUUUUGCUGCAAUCAGUAUAAAAAAAGCUAUUACAGAAAUUAAUGAAACAUUUGUCAUAGAAAUUGAAGCAAAGGAUAAUGGCAAUCCCCCGUUGUCAUCAAAAACUAAAUUAAAAUUAAUUGCUGAUAAACAAAAAAGUUUACCAAUGCAACCACGUUUUACGAAUGCAAUUUAUGAAACAAAUCUAACGAAACCAGAAGAUUUACAAAUUAAUGCUGAAUUAGAUUUAACUACAUAUGAUGAAACAAUUGUAUUUAAUGUUACUGAUCGUGACUCUGAGCUUUUUACUAUUAAUAGAGAGUCUAACAAAAUAAAUAUUCGAUUAAAAGAUAAUAAAGUCGAUGAUGAAUAUGUUAAAGAAAGAUCAUAUUUAUCUUUCAUACUUAACGCACACAAUCCCAAAUUACAAAUUCCAGGACAAACAGCCAUUGUUGUUGGAAUACCAAAAAAUGCGGAAGAUAUAAAGAAAAUAUAUUUUGAAAAAGAUCUUUACAGAGGAGAAAUUAAUUUAAUUUUAAAAGAUGAUGCAAAUUGGGAUGGUAAAUAUUACCUCCAUAUCAGUAUAUUAGCCAAAAUGGAUGAAAUUAUAAAAUCAUCCACAAAUGUUAUAAUUGAUGUGCCAGUUAAUAAAAAAGAUUUCAGAUUCGAGAAACCAUUAUUUGAAGGUCAAAUAAAUCAAACAAAUCAAUUGGAAAAACUUCAAAUUAAAUUUGUCGACAAUGAGAAUUUAAAUGAAAUUUUUUUUCAAAUAUUAGGCGAAAAUUCAAAUUAUUUUACAAUAGAAAUUUUUGAAAAUUUUGCUGAACUGAAAUUAAAAGAAUCUGAAUUACCAGCAGAAUGGUCUAAAAAAAAAUUUCUAUCAUUUCAAAUUGAAGCACGUAAGCACAGUUAUGAUGCAAUUUACUGUGGCAUUUUGGUAAAUUUACCAAAUAAAUUACAAUUGCCACAAUUUCCUGAGAUAUUAUAUAAAGGAAAAAUCAUAUCAAAAAAAGAAAUUGAGGAACUAGAAAUUCCUGUACAUAAUUUAGGAUCAAGAUUUGGUUUAUCAGGUCAUAAUAGUUUUACAAUUGAUCAACGUGAUGGUAUUAUCAAAAUUAUGUUAGCUGGUGAACUAAGUGAUGAGGAUUUACAAUUAAAUUACAUUGCAUUAACUUUAACAGCGAUUUUUGAUGAGAUCGAUGGUGGUAAAAGUUCAACAACUAUUAUUUUAUCAACACCACCUUUAAAAUUACCACCCGAAACAUCAACUUCAAAACCAACAACCACAUCAACAACUGACGGUUCUACUGCUGCUACUACUACUACUUCAGAAAAUCCGGAACCUGAAAAAGUACCAAAGUUCGAGAAAGGUACAUAUAGGUUUUCAAUAAAAGCAGAUUUUGUUGGAAUUUUUGGAUCGGUCAAAGCUAUACUUGAAGAGGAAUCUUCAAGAAUAAUUGAAUAUUCAACUGCUAAUGUAGACGAUGAACUUAAAACUAGAUUGCUUUUGUAUGAUGACGGUCGUUUAGGAGUAAGUUCCACAACACCUCCAGGAACUUAUGUUUUUGAAUUUGCGGUGAUGAAGGAGCAAAAGUAG